GCAGGCGAACGUCGAAAGCAUCAAAAAGUUCGUUCUUGUUCAAGCGAACUAGAAAUAUUCAUCAGCUCAACAGUCAAUACAACAACAUCUAGCUUUAGGCCUCCAAACCUGACCAAAAGACAAGCGCCCCAUCGUGGCAACCAUGUCCCAGCUCACGAGGCUCAUUGGGCAUGGUGCACAGCAGCGCUCAUUUGAUCGAUUUUUGUCGUAUAGCUUGACUACGAAAUCCAACGCAAGAUGCCUUUUCGAUGGUAUCAUCUGGAGCCGGAGAAACCGCGACCUGGCACCUCCCCAGUGGACGACAACGGCAGCCACACGAUAUCUUCCAAGCCCGUGGCUGUUCACAAGAAAAAAAUGCAUUAGCCAAAAGUCCGCACAGCCGACCCCAGCACCAGUUGCCACCAACAACUCAGAUAUCAAGGCUUCUUCCACAAUGGCCACCGACCUCUUUGGGGAUGCAGCCAACAUGGGGCUGUUCGCAAGGUUCAAGCACAUGUACAAGCAGUAUUGGUAUGUGCUGAUCCCGGUCCAUUGCGUAACCUCGGUCGGCUGGUUCGGCGGCUUCUACUAUCUGUCGAAGUGCGGAGUGGAUGUGCCCUCGCUGCUGCAGUACAUGCAUCUUAGCAUCUUAUCCCAUUCCGAUAUGGGACACUAUGCCAUCGCUUUUCUGUGCUAUAAAGUGGCCACUCCCUUACGAUACGCUCUCACCUUGGGCGGCACCACGGUGUCCAUCAGGUAUCUGGUGCAAUGGGGCCUCAUCAAGCCGAUUCCCACCAAGAACGAACUGAUUAAGAAGUACGAGGAAAAGAAGGCAACGCGCGCUAGUGCCAAGGCGGAAAAGGACAAAAAAGAUGGGACCGAAUGAUCGUUUGAAAGCGGCAAUGCUGCCCUUUGGCACCACGCCUAGAGCCUUGCAAAAUCUUAAAUAUUUUGUUUAUUUUAUAUAUUUUGCAUAGUUCUCUGUUUGAGGUCGCCCCAGAGGCAAUAACAGACACACCUUCCCAGUCACUCACACACACACACACAUACAUAUCUACACACCCACACUGCUCGCGGCAGCAAAUAAAACAUAGUAGUUAUAUUUUUGUAGAUUUAAGAGUGAGUUGUCGCAAAACAAUAACUUAAAUAACGAAAACCAAUGUUUGGCUUUGCUCCGCAACAGAUACA